CGUCAUGAUGAUAUUUCCGUGUUUAAGUUAAUAGGGAGAUCCAAAACCCAGUGCAUACUGCAGCGGCAUCUUUCUUCUUCAACUUAGGGAGAGAUGCCUACAGUCAAUGGCAGCAUGACGCCGAGGGAGCUGAGUGAGAACGAUGACAUCGCCACCAGUCUACUCGUCGAUCCCUACCUCGGCUUCAUCACACACAAGAUGAACUCCAGGCAUCGGCCGCUGAAGGGCAGGCAGAGGGAGGAGAUGGGAGAACUCGUCCGCGGGUUCAUCAAGGACCAGGAUUACGAGAGACGACUCAACAAGAUCCUCGAGGGAGACUGGGCGCGGUCGUUCUUUCUCACGAAGACGCGAGCCCAGCAGCAGCAGACGAAGAUGCAUCUCGUGCACUACCUGCGUGUCUACGACAAGGAUGCGGGCUUCACUAUCCAGUCGUGCAACCGAUACUCGAUGGAGGAUGGCGGUGGAAUGAUCUGCGCGUCGAAGAAAUGGUAA